UGCAGCUCUCCGAUCUCCACCUCAGCGUCCACCACCCGGAAAGGGCCUAUGAUCUACAACGAUACGUCGGCCCCGCCCUCGCCAUGAUUAACCCCUCGCUCGUCCUCAUCACCGGCGACCUCACCGUACAUCUGUAGAAGCUAAGACACAUACAAGAUUGCCCCCACAAGUGUGGUGCAGUGGUAAAGCACUUACGUGAACAAAUAAGAGGACUGGAGUUCGAAUCCCAGUAGGGAGGUCGGUCUCUAAGUGUGCAUAAACUGUGCUCUAGAUUUACCUGGUAGGCGACAGGGGGAAGGCCAUCUACCUCCAAGAUUAGUCAAGCGAAGCAUGGACAUCUGAAUUAUCAAAAAAAAUAAGACACGUACAAGAUUGUGAGUGGUGGGGAAGAGAUUUAUUUAACCUUCUAAUCCACAUACCGAGCCUAGUGCGGGGUAGGUCAAGAAGCAUGGUGGGUAGGGAUGGCAAUGAGACCCAAUUAUUGGGUAUCUGCAGUCGUCAGAUGGGAAGAGCAAAGAUCUAUUGACCAUGAAGCUUGAUGAGGUAGAGUGGAAAGAGUACCAGAAUGCUGUUGAUAAUAUUGUUCAAAGAAGUGGACUUAACAAGGACAUCUUCUAUGACCUUAGAGGAAACCAUGAUUGUUUUGGUGUACCAAAAGCUGGUGGUGUUUAUGACUACUAUCACAAGUGCAGUAUAAAUGCAAGAACAGGGCGAAAUGGAAAUGUCCAGAGCGUUACAUUACAGAAUGGAAGAUGGAGGCAUCUUUUUGUGGGCUUUGAUAGCACGAUGGAAACUAGCCUUCGUGGCCCAACAAAUGUGUUUGGGCAUCCAACUGACCAAUUGCUUGCAGAGAUAGAUUUUGAACUUUCACAAUGGGAUGAUGAAUCAUCGGCAACAAAAGUUUCUUUUGGGCACUUCCCUUUGUCUUUUUCAGCACUAACAGAUACAGGGAAGAGUCUAAAAGAUGUAUUUCUUAAGCAUUCUUUAUCAGUUUAUCUUUGUGGGCAUCUUCAUACAAAAUUUGGCAAAAACUUGAAGCGCCAUCAUCAAUUAGAUCAUCUGGUAAAUUAUUUUCAGUUGAACAUUCAUCAAGGAUUUCCAAGUAACAAAGAUAAUCAAAAUUGUUCAAGCAAGAGCAUUUCCCCCAAUGAAUUUUGGGAAUGGGAGAUGGGCGACUGGCGUUGGAGUAGAACUAUGAGAGUAUUGGCUAUCGAUUAUGGUCAUGUUUCAUAUGUUGAUAUAGAUUUCAGAUUGGGAUCAAAGGAUACCAUUAUAUUGCCUACUUUUCCCUUGGACUCAAGGUUUAUGCAAAGAAUCUCAUCAAUCCAUGAUUUCAAAUGUCAACCUGAGAGAGGCUCAUCUUAUGAGUUGGUGAGAACUCUAGUGUUUUCAAAACAGAAGAUCGUGUUGGUUUCUGUUAAGGUAUAUGACACUCAUUAUGGAACUCCUAAUAUAGUGCUUGAUUCCUCAAUGGAAAGGAUUGAAGGCAAUGGAACUAGAGGUGAUCUCUAUGUGGCUCCAUGGAACUGGAAAGCAUUUGCAGACCCAUCUCCUAGCCGAUAUUGGCUGCAAAUAGAAGCUUUAGACAAUUUUGGUAAAACCAGUUACAGUGAACUGCGACCGUUCUCUAUCAAUGGUCUCACUGCACAAGUUAGUUGGACCUGGAAAGAAUUCUUUGUAAUGGGUAUUCAGUGGCCAUUGAUUUACCAGCCUGCUCUUUGGGCCGUCCUCUCAUUCAUGUUCUUGUUAGUUGUCGUUCCACAAGUGUUAUUUCUAUGCUGUAAUAAAUUAUUCCCAUAUGAGUAUGUUAGACCAACAAAUGCAACGAGUAUCAAGGAGCAUCUAGUUGAUGCUGGAUUAUUGGCUUUGAUGGAGUUCCCCAGGAUGACCGAAGUAUGGUUGGGGCUCCUGUUAUAUUUGUUCUACUUGUUGUAUUUCCCUUGGUUCUUUGGACAUGUAUUCGGUGAACUUAACACUAAAGCUUCUAUGAGUUACCAAGGUUGGUCUAUUCCAAAUUUCGACAAAAAUCCUAAUCUCCACUAUGUAGGGAUACCUGAUAUCAUGGUGGUUGUGCUGCCUCAUCUUUGCUUUGUUGUUCUACCAACUAUUUUGGUUGUUGGAGCAAUGGUUGUAGAAAGAACAACAUAUCGAAAGUAUUUCCUAUCACUCUCUGGCAAGAAGGAUGAUGACUUCUCUAGAGAUAAAAACAGGCAAGCAAAGAAUGUGACUUCUGGCUAUUCACAUCGAAUAUGGCAUGGAAGGUGGCCUAGAAAGUUACUACUUCUGGUCACUGCUUUAAUUUUGUGGAAGCACUUGAAGAAUUGCAGAGCUCUGGUGAGGGCUUAUGAUAUGAAUCCUUUUAUCGAUUCUCCUGUCUAUUGCUUCGUGAUCCCGUUGCUGCUAAUAUAUGCAGUCUACAAGACUUCGGCAGUGUAGACUCCAGGCACAACAUUCUUUUCUAGUUCAAAGAUACAUGGACCGAGCAACUCGAAUCAAGGGAACCACAAGUGGCUUCUAUAUUGUUCCCUUCAAUAUGCUCUAUGACGAUGCUUGGUUUUGAUUCGGUAGUUCAACAAUUACAUCCAUGGCAAAUCCCCAAGGUUUUCUAUGUUUUUUUCUUACAGAAAACAAUAUUCUUUCCCCGUCAAGAUCCUGUGCUUAACUCAGUUGGAACUUUGAGAGGGUGCAACUGUCUGUUAUACAUUUGUUUCCAAAAGUCAAGUAUGCUAGCGGGCCUUAGGUUUAACCAAUCCUGUAGGUGGACGAUGGAGCCCCAUAGAUCAUAACCUCCAAGCGGAUUCAUGUUAACUUCUCAGAUUUUUUUUUUUCAACCAACUUCAAAGAUUUUUUUCA